GAAGAGUGGACCGAGUGGUUCCCUUGGAGCCAUUUUCCCACCAAAUUCUUAAGGCAGUCCUACACAUUAGCCUCACCCAGCGAUAACCUUUCCCGCCUCUCUUUCCAAUUCCGUUGGCUUUAUCAAACCUUCAUUUCAUACAGAGUUCACGCUCUCUCUCUGUCUCCAGCCAUGGCGGACUCUAGGGCUUUUUCCGAAUACUAUGCUAUACCCGCCCGGCAGGGAUCAGCUGGCGUCAUCUCCAAAAUCCGGUUGGAGAACUUCAUGUGCCACAGUAACUUGGAAAUCGAGCUCGGCGAGUAUGUCAAUUUCAUCACCGGACAGAACGGAAGUGGGAAGAGUGCAAUACUGAUAGCUUUGUGUGUGGCGUUUGGAUGCCGAGCUAAAGAUACGCAGAGGGCAUCGACAUUGAAGGAUUUUAUAAAGACUGGUAGCAGUUAUGCUGUUGUUUCUGUGGAAAUUAAAAAUGAAGGUCAGGAUGCUUUUAAGCCAGAGAAAUAUGGUGAUAUCAUAUUUGUAGAGCGGAGGAUAUCUGAAUCUACGAGCUCCACUGUUUUGAAGGACUACCUAGGAAAAAGAGUUACUGUUGGAAAAGAGGAGCUUCAUGAGCUUGUAGACCAUUUCAAUAUUGAUGUUGAGAAUCCAUGUGUAAUAAUGAGUCAAGACAAAAGCAGAGAGUUUUUGCAUUCAGGGAAUAAUAAGGAUAAAUUUAAGUUCUUUUUCAAGGCAACACUUCUUCAGCAAGUAAAUGAUCUAUUAGUAGAUAUUAGGCAUCACCUUUCAAAGGCUAAUGAACUCGUUGAUAAGUUGGAGUCCUCCAUAAGACCCAAAAUACAGGAACUUAAUGAGCUGCAAGGAAAGAUAAAAAAUAUGGAGCAUGUGGAAGAAAUUUCUCAACAGGUACAGCAGUUAAAAAAGAAACUUGCAUGGGCAUGGGUAUAUGACAUUGACAGGCAGCUCCAGGAACAAAGUGGGAUGAUUGAGAAGCUGAAAGAUCGUAUACCUACUUGCCAAGCUAGAAUUGAUCGGCAACUCGCCAAGGCAGGUGAGUUGAAGGAACAGUUUAGCAUAAAGAAAGCCCAAAUUGCUCAUAUGUUGGAAAGGACAACUGAAGUGAGGAGAAUGAAGGAGGAGUUGGAACAGAGUUUUUCCUUGGCCAAAAAAGAGAGGCUUGAGAUAGAAGAAGAGCAUAGCCGCAAACAUAAUGUCAUCCAGAAGAUGGUGAAGCAAAUUGGGUUGCUCGAGCAACAGAUUCAUGAUAUUCAAGACCAACAUCUUAAAAACACUCAGGCUGAAGAAUGUGAGAUGGAGGAAAAACUGAAAGGACUCAAAGAUGAAGUUGAUUCAGCUAAUUUAACACUUACACGGUUGAAGGAAGAAGAGAGUGCUCUAUUGGAAAGCAUAUCCAUGAGGGGGAAUGAAAUUAAGAAGAUUAUCAAUGAGAUUGAAGAGAGUGAAAAAAAAUAUCGUGAGAUCUGUUCAGCAAUUCACGAGCUUCAGCGGCAUCAAACCAACAAGGUCACAGCUUUUGGAGGAGAUAGAGUAAUCCAUCUUUUACGUGCAAUUGAGAGGCACCAUCAUAGAUUUAAAAGGCCACCUAUUGGUCCGAUUGGUUCUCACUUGACUCUGGUUCAUGAUGAUACGUGGGCUCUUGCUAUUGAAAAUGCACUUGGGAGGUUACUUAAUGCGUUCAUUGUGACGGAUCAUAAAGAUUCUCUCCUUUUAAGAGGAUGUGCUAGGGAAGCAAACUACAACCACCUUCAAAUUAUCAUAUAUGACUUUUCAAGACCAAGGCUGAAUGUUCCAAAUCACAUGCUUCCUCAGACAAAACACCCAACUACGCUUUCUGUUUUGCAUUCUGAUAUUCCUACUGUAUUGAAUGUCUUGGUCGAUAUGGGUAAUGCUGAGAGACAAGUGCUUGUUAGAGAUUAUGAUGUGGGAAAAUCAGUUGCUUUCGAUCAACGGAUUCCAAAUUUAAAGGAGGUGUACACAUUAGAUGGCUCUAGAAUGUUCUCUCGUGGUUCUGUCCAAACUGUUCUUCCUCCAAAUAAAAGGAUCAGAACUGGUCGUCUUUGUAGAUCAUUUGACGAACAAAUUAAGAGUCUUGAAAAAGAUACAGCAAAUGCAAAAGAACAAGCUCAGCAGUGUCGGCAGAGAAAAAGGGCUGCAGAUGAAGAAGUAAAGGUUGUUCAAGAUAAACUGCAGAAUGUAAAGAGGAGAUGUGUAAGUGCGGAGCGAGAUUUGAUGUCUAAGACACUAGCAAUGCAAGAUGUGAAGAAUUCAUUUGUCCCUGAAUCUAGUUCAUCCCCUACAUCAACAGUUGAUGAGCUUCAUCAAGAGAUUUUGAAAGUUCAAGAGGAGAUACAAGAAAAGGAAACUCUAUUAGAAAAGUUUCGAUUAAGAAUGAUUGAUGCAGAAGCAAAAGCCAACAAUCUUAAAUUAUCGCUGGAAAAUUUACGUGAGUCAGCAAAGGGAGAAAUUGAUGCCUUUGAGGAGGCAGAACGAGAACUAAUUCAAAUUGAAGAAAAUAUUCAUGCUGCAGAAGCGGAGAAAAUUCAUUAUGAAGGGGUAAUGAAUAGCAAGGUAAUUCCUGAUAUCAAAGAGGCAGAGGCACAAUAUGAGGAGCUGGAAAAAAGCCGUAAGGAGAGCUCUGAAAAGGCUUCUAUUAUUUGUCCUGAGAGUGAGAUUGAAGCUUUAGGAGGAUGUACAGGAAGCUCCCCAGAGCAACUUAGUGCCCAAUUAAAUAGACUAAAGCAGAGACUUAAGCGUGAAAGUGAGAGAUAUGCUGAAUCUAUUGAUGACCUCAAGAUUCUCUUUGAGAAAAAACAGCGUAAAAUUUUAAGAAAACGGCAAACUUAUGAAGCUUUUCGAGAAAAACUGAAUGCAUGUGAGAAAGCACUAGACUUACGUUGGAGCAAGUUUCAGCGGAAUGCAACUCUUUUAAAGCGCCAGUUAACUUGGCAAUUUAAUGGCCAUUUGAGAAAGAAAGGGAUAAGUGGGCACAUAAAAGUUAGUUAUGAAGAGAAGACACUUGCAAUAGAGGUAAAGAUGCCCCAAGAUGCAUCAAGCAACACUGUCCGUGACACUCGAGGGCUUUCAGGUGGUGAACGCUCCUUCUCAACCUUAUGUUUUGCAUUAGCUUUACAUGAAAUGACAGAAGCCCCCUUUCGAGCAAUGGAUGAAUUUGAUGUCUUUAUGGAUGCAGUUAGCCGGAAAAUCAGUCUGGACACACUUGUGGAUUUUGCAUUAGCACAAGGAUCCCAAUGGAUAUUUAUCACCCCUCAUGAUAUCAGUAUGGUAAAACCAGGGGAAAGGGUAAAGAAGCAGCAGAUGGCAGCUCCUCGUUCCUGAGUGCAUCUUGCUGUAAAUUUUUUGCUCCCAGUUUUUAUGGAACUCAACAGCACAAGCCCAGCCCAAGGUAGACAGACAUACAGACCAGCUGCAAUAUCUGCUCGCGCAAUUAAGAAUCCUAGCCAUUGUUAGUCCUUCAGUCCAUUUAUGGUGAAAGCAACAGCUGCAAAGAAGAUACUUCAAGAAGACUUCAUCUCCUAAAGCUAGCUUUGACCGCCAUUUCUGCAAACCUUCAGAACUACUCUCAGAACAUGAACCAACUUCUUGCACCUACCCAAUCAGUAGACUGCCCUUCAACUGCCAGCUCGAAGCUGGCUAAUUGCAAUCUUCCAAACUCAGUACCAAACCAGACUUCUUCCGCUCCAAUUUAAAUAUGUUGUUAAUCUCAGUCCAAUUAACGUAUUUGAAAACAGAAGUCUUCAGAUGAAUUGUUAUUUGUAGUGGAGAGUUCCCCAGUUUGUUUAUAUUAGAGGCCUUCUUCGAUAUCCUUUUUUAAUUAUGGCAUAUAGCCUUUUUAGUCAUCUUCAGGAACAGGAAUGGGAGUUGGGCACGGGUUGUAACUAGCUCUUUUCUUCAUUGUCAUUGUUCGCGGAACUUGGGGAAUGAAAUAUAUGCGUUUGUAUUACAUCUACAAUCCUUCAACAGUGUAAUGAUUGUGCAGAAGAAUCAAGGAAUUAUAUAAUUUUAAA